AUGGAGUCCGAGGGCCAUGAUCACCCGUUGUUCAUGUCUAAUAUUGACGGAAACAAGAGCCAUACAUGGGGCGAGACGCACGCUGCGGAGCACCGCUCGGAACCGGCACAGGUUGUGCAGAAGCAGCCGGUUGGCAUGGCUUGGAGUGCAGUCAAUCAAUUCGACUUUGGCCAAAAUGACGAAAUCUCUAGGCCCCGUGUCUGGCUCCCUUACGAGAAAGUCUUGCUCGGCAGCAUUACCGUGGACAUCCUCACGCUCAUUUCCAGCUGCGUCAACGGAGAGUGCUGCCCGCGAGGACCGCCGGGCUCGUCCCCACGCCCGAUUCGGGGUCCACCACGGAGUCCACCACGAAGAAGCCCUUCUCGCGAGGACCGCCGGGCUCGUCCCCACGCCCGAUUCGGGGUCCAUCACGAGAAAGCCCUCCUCGCGAGGAUCACCAUGCCCGUCCCCGCGCCCGAAUCAGACUCCGUCACGAGAAAGCCCUGCUCGAGAGGACCGCCGUGCCUGUCCCCACGCCCAAUUCCGGCUCCGUCACCAGAAAGCCCUCCUCUCGAGGACCGCCGGGCCCCUCCCUACGCCCAAUUCGGGCUCCGUCACGACAAAGCCCUCUUCGCGAGGAUCGCCGGGCUCGUCCCGCCGUCUCCCAGAGGCAUCCCGGGCCAAAGAAAAACCCGAAAAAGAGCCCAGAAAUUCGACCCAGGCGGGAGACGCACCCGCAGCCUUCGCGGCGCGAAGUCCGAAGACCGAGGCCUUCCACCGCGAAAAGGAGUGCCCCAUGCCAAGAAAAACAAUCCCAAACUUCCUCCAAGGACGCCAGCACUCAAAAAGAGUAGGUCUGCCUUUGGAGAAUCUCAGGGUACCUUAGGGUACGUUGUUUCGGGCAUGGAAGGAACCAGCACUCUGGUGGAGGGGCUCCUCGCGCCCAUGUAG